AUGCCUCCGAAAUCCUCAGCAGGCAAGGAAAAGGACUUGGGCGGAGACGAGGAUGUUCUGCAAGCCGUCAUCCUCGCCGAUAGCUUCAACAAGCGAUUCAAGCCUCUUACCUCCGGCAAACCUCGAUGCCUGCUCCCGAUAUGCAAUGCUCCUUUGCUAGAUUGGACUUUUGAGAGCUUGGCGCUUGCUGGCGUUCAAGAGAUCUUCGUGAUAUGCCGGUCGUACGCCGUCCAAGUCAAGGAAGCCAUCCGCAACUCGAUGUGGUCGAAGCCUUCAUCUGGCAUCAAGAUCGUGCCCAUUGUCACGGCCAAGGAGACGUUCUCACCUGGCGACGCCAUGCGCGACAUCUACACGCACGGCAUCAUCACGACGGACUUUGUGCUCGUCAUGGGCGACCUUGUGAGCAAUAUACGGAUUGAUGAGGUGGUGAGGGAGCAUAAGGAAAGGAGGAAGACGAAUAAGGACGCGAUCAUGACGAUGGUGGUGAAAGAGAGCGGGGCGAAGCAUAGGACGAGGUCAAGAGGAGAUGCGAGUGUGUUCGUCAUCGAUUCUCAAACUUCCGAGUGCCUGCACUACGAGCCCGUCACGGGUUACCCGCCCAAACAGAGCGCUGCCAUUCCGCGCGAGAUUCUCAGCGAGCAUCCUGAGGUGGACAUCCGGAACGACCUCAUCGACUGCUCGAUCGACGUCUGCUCUGUGGAGGUUCCCUCGCUCUUCCAAGACAACUUCGAUUAUCAGGAUAUCCGGCGGGAUUUCGUGCACGGCGUGCUCACGUCCGAUUUAUUAAUGAAGAACAUAUAUUGCUACGUGGCAGAGGUGGGCUAUGCGGCGCGUGUCAAGGAUACGCGCAGCUACGACGCUAUCAGCAAAGACAUAUUGUCGAGAUGGACGUUCCCCCUGGUGCCGGAUGACAACCACCCUGCUGGACACCGCUAUGAGCACACGAGGGGAAAUAAGUACAUCGCUGCAGAUGGUACCGUCGUCCUCUCUAGGACAUGUAAAGUAGGCACAAACACCCUCAUCGGCUCCUCGACGCAGGUUUACGAGAACGCCGAAGUGUACUCGUCCACCAUCGGCCAGCGCUGCGUUAUCGGUCCCAGCGCCGUCGUGCGCCAUUCGUACAUAUUCGACGACACCGUCAUAGGCGCGAACGCUUUCGUGGAUCGCGCGAUCGUCGGUGCGGGAGUGAAGGUUGGCGAGGGGAGCAGGAUCGAGCGCGGUGCGCUGGUUGCGGACGGAGUUGUGCUUGGCAAGGGCGCCCGAUUAAGGCCCUUUGAAAGGGUGAGCAGGAAGAGGGUUCAGGAAGAUGGACAUGAGAGCGACGACGAAAGCGAUGAGGACUCGGAGUUGGAGGAUAUUGACUCUGACGAGGACAAUACUGACAUUCUUGGUGCGGAUUCGAACGGCAUUGUCUGGCCCCGAGGCCCAAGCACAGAAGAGGACGAGGAAAUAGAUGAGGUUGAAAACUUCACAAAUCAAAGAUUAAUGCGUAUCGGCGACACCGCGUCGGAUCUUGACCUUUCCGAUCCUGGCUCGGUGACCUCGGACGAAGAAUCCGACUCGUCCUCUUCCGAAGGCUCUCCCCUGGCCCGCAGCCGCUCACGCGCCUCCUCCCAAACGUCCCUCACAUCCCUUACCGCGCCAUCUACAGCCCUAUCCUCGCUCUCGCUCGACCCAGAGCAUGCCGCCGAAGCAGAGUUUCAUCGCGAGGUCAAAGCGUCACUGGAUCGCGCGUUCGCGGAAGGCCACUCGGUAGACAACGCAGCGGUAGAGCUUAAGACGCUCCGGAUGGCGAGCAAUGUUGACAUUGCGAAGGUGCGCGAAGCGGUGAUCAAGCAGAUCGUGGAGCACAUCAAGGUCGUGGACGAUGCUGCGGCGCAGAGGAAGGAGAUUUCGAGCGUCGUGGGGAGGUGGGGGGAACUCAUCAACAAGAUUGGAGGUGCCGAUCCAGUGGAAACUGUUUCGUUGCUCCAGGUCCGUUGUUCAGCUUCUCCUACGCGCCAUGCACUCUUUGGUCAGCUUCUCGCUGCCCUUUACCAAGCCGACAUUGUCGAGGAGGAUGAUAUCCGCGCGUGGCAUAAACUACCGGCCAGCAAGGGGCAGGGCAUGGAGGCGGGAGAGAGGAGAGAAAGGAUGGAGAAAUGCUGGUUGGUCGGGGCGAAGAUGAUACAUCAGUUUGACGAGCAAGAGACGAGUAGCGAAGAGGGCGAGAGCGAAGAGGAGGAAGUUGAGGAGGAAGAAGCCGAAGAAGAGAGCGAGGACCAGAGCGAGGAUACAGAGGAGAGUAUGGUGGUGGUGUCUCCUCAGGGCAAGGGGAAGGUUCAGCCUCCACCGUCACAGUCUACCAGCGAGGAGGAGAGCGAGGAAGACGAGAGUGAAGAAGAGGAGAGUGAGUGAGAUUGCUUGUCCUCCCGCUCGAUUUACUUCGGAUUCAGAUGGACCAACGAACUCAUCAUGGCUAUCAGUAUUGGUUCAGGUUUAGACACGCUUGUGAGUUUGGCUCGCCCUUCGCCCGACAUCCCACGAUACCCACUUCAUAGCAUUGUGUUCGAUAGAAUUAUAUAUGUUUCACC